AUGGCUUCAAUCAAUACCAAAGAUAGCGAUGCAAUAUCUGAAACAAGCACACUCGCAGGAAGUCUGUCAACAACAGACUACGUUCCAAGAAAGAGCACCAACAAGAACAACAAUAAUAACAACACCAACUUCAUUGCAUUGCAGACUUUACUCGAGGCACCAGAGCUAGAACAGUCAUCCUCAUUGCAUGCCCGUGAGACUAUCGUAGAGUCACAGGCGGUUGUCAAGAAGAACAAGCGUCGAAAGAUAUACUGGAUCAUAGGAUUAACGACAUUCGGCUGCUGUACUGUUCUGGGGGCCAUACUUGCCGUGAUAUUCGGCCCCCGACCUGUUCAGCAAGAGCAUAGUUGGUGA